AUUUUUAGAAAUUUGAACCAAUCACAUUUGUUAGAAUAAAAGUUUGAAUUUAUUUGGUCUUUGUUGUCAAAACUUGAGAGGAAAAUUUUUCAUCUUUUAUUUUGGUGAUUCAAUUAAUCUUUUGACUUUAAUCUUGUUUUAAUUGUGUUUUAUUUUAAUUGUUGUGUGUUUACUGUAGUUUAGUGUAUCAUCUAUUAUGGCUGAUGAAUCGCAACAUGAUGCCAGUUGGUAUCUUUGUAAGGAAAAUGUUCAACCUCUUGCCAAAGGUCGAGAUGUUAGUAAGAUUGAAGAAUCCGCUAGUAAGACUAAUUGUCUGGACAUUGAAAGAGCUUCUUAUGAGGAGAAGAUUUUAUUAGAUGAUGGUGAUGAUCCUCUUCAAAAUUGGUUAGAGUUUAUCGAUUGGAUUGAACAAUCUUAUCCGUGUGGUGGUAAAGAAGGCAGAUUAAUGGAUGUUCUAACUGAUUGUGUUCAACGGUUCAUUGAAGAUUCUCGGUAUGGUGAUGAUGAAAGAUUUUAUUCGGUUUUUGCUCGAUAUCGUCGUCGAUUGUCUGAACCUUUAGAAAAAUAUGAUUCCCUGUUUGCCAAAAAAGUGUUCACUAAACUAGCAAGUUUCUACAUUGAUUGGUCUUGGCUUUUUGAGACUGCUGGUAAUUUUAAAGAAGCUGAUAAUGUUUUAGAUCGUGGUUUGUUGAUUGGUGCUGAGCCUCAAGAUGAGAUAACAACUGCUCGUGUCCAACUUCAAACUAGACUUGCGAAGAAAAUUGUUUGUGGAGAAAUGGAAACAACUACUGAAGAGCCUCAGAGAAAAGCUUUAAUUGGUUUGAAGCCUCGGAUAAAGAAAGAUGUUGCCAUCGCUCCAGUAGAUCGUGUCUCAUCAAUUAAAAUUGGCUCUCAAGGAUUAGCUAGUAGCUCUACUAAAUCAUCAAAUUCUAUUCCUUUAAUUUAUGUCGACGAAGAAAAUAUGACACCUGAUCAGAUUAUGCCAACAGGCUCAGUUAAAUCAUCUAUCGUCACCGAUACUAAAGAAAAUAGUAUGAAACCUGGUAAAUGGUCCGAUUUUCGUAUUAAGAAAAAGCCGAUUGCUGUACCUCGAAGUGAAUUUGUUAUCUAUGAAGAGGAAGAUGAAGAUAAAACAGUUACUGGUGACAGUCCUCUUAAUGCAACCAUAUCAGCUGAUGUAUUCAAAGUGAAAAAAAGAAAUGACGAUUCACCGCCAUUAGUUAAACCAGAAAAUCUUGCCAACCAGAAAUUUUAUUGCGAUUUAGACAGAAUGUACAUUGGUGGAACAGAGUAUUCAUUUGAAGAGAUUCGUUACAAGAAAUUUAUCAAAGCCAAAAAAAUGAAGGAAGACCACAGGAAUCGCCAGGAACACAUGGAGGCUUUACUGCAGAGAAUUGCUGCACUCGAAGAAAAGAUCGCCGAAAGAGAAGAGAAAGAAAAAGAGAAAGAGCAAAAGGAUAAAACAAGUGAAGAAGCUGAGAAAAAAAGAAUUGCUGAUGCUGAAAAAGAACGAGAACAACAAGAAAGAUACCGAGAAAUCAAAGAAAAAGAAAGAAGCUUGAAAGACAAAGAACGAGAAAUUAAAGACCACGAGAGAGAAAACAAAGACCAUGAAAGAGAAUCGAAAGACCAGGAAAGAAUAAGAAUUGACGCUGAAUUACAGGAAAAAGAAGAAAGAAGAGUUCAAAAUGAGCUUGAAAGAUUAGCAAAUGAGUCUGAAAGGUUGAAACAAGAAAAAGAAAGACAAGAAGGUGAAACCGAGCGAAUUAAUGUUGAAAAGGAGAGAAUUAUGCAAGAGAAAGAAAGAAUCAUGCAAGAAAAAGAAAGAGAAAUCAAUGAGAAAGAAAGAGGAAUCAAGAUUAAAGAGAUGGACCAAGCGAUCCAAGGAUUAGAAUCGAAAUUAUCAACACUCAUAAAGUUAUUUCAAGAAAAGAAACCAGAAAAUUGUGAAGUAUCAGCAAUCGUAAGAAAUUUACUAAAUGGUUCUUAUGAUGAGUCUCGAUUCGAUAACACUUUAACCAUGCCGAUUACUAAACCUCCCGUUCCUGUAAAAGAUUUUACAAUUUACAAAGAUGAACCCACAGAGAAUGCACCUCUUAUCCGUUUCGAUAUCAGUGAACCUCCUCGUGGCGGUGAAAGCACUUUAAAGGCCGAUGCUGACACAACCACAUUAAAACAAAAGCUUGAAAAGAUGGACCCAAAGUCCGAUUUUGAACAUAUUCACCGUGGAUCUAUGCAUUACCGUCUAUCAGAAGCAUUCACAAUGAUGGUCCCUCACUCCGAAGAUGAAUGUCUCCCAAAGUCUUGUUCCACUCCCGGAAAAUAAUACUUUCUAUACUUUUUACAAUCAACUGACUAACAAUUGUGAACAAACAAAAAAAUUUCCAAUCAUCCAAUCAAUUUAAUCUUUUAAAAAUGUAUCAACUCACCCAAAAUCCCAUAAAAACACAUUAAACACAAUGUGUGAGAUUACUAAAAAGCAAA